AUGGAACCUUUGCCAGUUCCCACGUCGCACGGAGGCGAGCUGCACAAUGCGCUGCACGAAGCCGACGGCCUCCAGCAAGACGUCGCCGUCGAAGCGCUCGCCGCCUGUGUCAUCACACCACGCUACACAAUCGCACACGUCCGCCUCGAACGCGAACAGCCGAGACAUCGUCGAAUUCCCGCGCGUUUCCGCUGCUACGUGCCCUCGCCACUGGUCCAGUGCUGGAGCCAGGACAGCGUGCCCACGCCGCCCCCAUCGGAACACAACUCGAGCUGUUCAAGCCCCAGCCGCCACGACGACAACGACGACGAGACAUCGAUCGCUGCAAGACACAAUAGUCCUUCUGGCCAUGGACUUGAGAGCCCCCAUGUCUUUCAAUACUCUCAGCUGGUUGUCGAAGAAGACAGCUCCGAUGAGACGGGAGGCUGGCCGCUCGGCGAGGAGGGCGUUAACGGAGCGAUGAGCGAAGGGGAGAUGAUGAUGCCUCAAGGAGGUGCGGGCGAGCUGACGAUGAGGCCUGAUGCGGACUACGCGACCAUUUUCCACGAGUUGUCUCUCGCAGAAUUGAAGCACAAGCAGCGUCGGCAGCUGCACGACCACCACCAGUUUCACCACCAUCAUCACAUUCAGCAACCCGUGCCACAGCACACGCAACGACGUCCCACGAUCCUCCAGCCACCCAUCGGAAGCGGCCGCCCCGAGGUCGUCGCCGCGGACAUCGCACGGCCCCUGGGCCCGGUGCCCUGUCUUCGGACCCCCACCAACGGAUGGCCGGAGUAUCCCCCGAGCGAGCCUUUGCAGCAGCUGGACCAGUGCGGCCCUCGCAUCGAGCAAGAACAAGUCUAUGGACUUCCACCAUGGCAUGGGGCCUUGAACGAAAGGAUCAUUGACGCGGAACUUAUCGGGUUUGGUGCUGGACUUGGACUACGUGUCGCCCCGUAUGCGGAAGGGUCUGCCAUGCAACGCACGAACGAAGAAGGAGAAAACUAA